ACCAGGCUCAUGUCUGCUUAUUUGGCAGGAGAGACUUCAGGAGGCAAUUCACGCUGUCUUGCGUUUCUUCGAGAACACACUCCAUCUCACGGGACCUGAGUGCAGAUAGAAUGAAAUAAAUAAAGAGACUAACGGACAGGCGCGCGCGCGGACUCUGUGUCGCGGUUACCGUGGAGGUAUUACACCGUGGAGGUAUUACACUGUGGAAACUCUGUGGCGUUUAAGUGGAGACGAAAUGGGAGGAAACUCCGGAGCUCGGACAGCCGGUGCACUUGAAGACGAAGACGUGAUUUGGAGUUGAAUAGAAAGUUUCUUCAAGGUGGAGUUCUUUUCAUUUAAAGUUCCUUCAAGCUCAGCCAUGGCAAAUUACUGGAGAUUGGGUGUAGCACAUUUCUGUUUUGCUGGUCAGCUCCUCUUAUUUCUCCUGUGUAAGUCUUCUGUGUCGACCACCUUCUUGUCGCACGUCCCCUCUUUGGUGCCUCAUACCCCUUUGGCUCUCUCUCGCUCCCACUUCAGUGCAAAGACCCAGCUGGACUUUACCACCCACUGCAAUGCCAGCUGCUACCACAAGGUAGAAGACAUUGACAAAGAACAUCUAACUGAGCUGCUGGGUUUCGAAACACUGUAUUCCGAUGGCUCACGUACACUAACCAAUGUUGAUCUGGAAGAUAAAGAUGCCGACAGCAAUGUCGCUCCUGCACGAUUCAUCAAGAGGAAGCAGAAAAUCCCAUCUUUCCCUCACAAAAGAACAAGGAGGCAAAUCUAUGGCGCGGAUGGACGCUUUAACAUUCGCGGCGACCGUUUCCUGUUGGACUAUCCCUUCUCCACAGCUGUACGCAUCUCAACAGGCUGCACUGGUGUUCUGGUAUCCCAACAACAUGUGUUGACCGCCGCCCAUUGUGUACAUGAUGGAAAAGACUAUGUAAAAGGUGCACGCAAGCUUAGAGUUGGCUUUAUCAUCCCACCCUCGAAUAAUAGCACCAAAGAAGAUGUGAAAAAGCCCUUGGUGCGCUGGGUGAGGGUGCGACGGACUCGUGUGCCUAAAGGCUGGAUACAAGGCCCCCAAGAUGUCAGUAUGGAUUAUGACUAUGCCCUUCUGGAGCUGCGUUGGCCACAUCGCCACCCCUUUAUGCGUCUUGCCGUGGCCCCUUCUGCCAACGAUUUGGCUGGAAAGCGCAUUCAUUUCUCCGGAUUUGACAGUGAUAGGCCCGGAGAGCUUGUGUAUCGUUUCUGUCCCGUAGAAGAUGAAAGUAAUGAUCUAAUCUACCAGCAUUGUGAUGCGAGACCUGGGGCCAGUGGCUCUGGAGUGUAUGGCCGUGUGUGGGACAAUGCUCUGGAGCGCUGGGAGCGUAAGGUGAUUGGUAUCUUUUCUGGACACCAGUGGUUGGAGAUCAAUGGCGAGAACCGUGACUACAAUGUCGCCGUCCGUUUCACACCGCUGAAAUUUGCUCAGAUUUGUUACUGGGUGCAUGGAAACAGAGCAGACUGCAGUCAUGACUGAUUUAGAUAAGCACGAGAAGACAGAGGAAAAGGAAAACAUCCACAAACAUGCGCUUUUACAGUCGGUCCUUUUAUAGACAAAGAAAUUAGUCAACUCAAAAUUUUUGAAAGAGUCUAUCAAUGAUUUGAUUGUCAAAGUUUUAGUUAAUCCAAAUUGGAUCAAAUAUCAUAUUUGGAUUACAUUGGAUAUUUAUUUAAACAAGUAAAACACUGUUGCUUCUCCAUUUUAAUAUAUUUAUCUUAGAUAAUUUGAUUAGAACUUCUGAGAAAUGAGAUGGGGUUAAGGAAUUGUACACUUGCAUUAAGCCAAGUCAGUACUGAUAUAAAAUGUGUACCUCUCUCAGAUAUCGAUAAUAACAAUCAAUAUAACUGGCAUGGAUUUGUUUUAAAAGCCUCUAUCAGCAGAACCUUGGGUCAUCAAUCUUUUUAUACUUAAAACAUUCAAAUAAAAAUUUUACAUUUAAUAAUCGCUAGUCGUAAAAGUAUAAUAGUCAUGUACACAUUUUUUUUCUGAUGUCAUUUACUGUCAGAUGUAUUUGGUUCACAGUGCAAAAAGGGUAAAUGGCUCAAAAUUUAAGUUGAAGGAUAGGUACAGGUAAUAUAUAUGUAAAUUAUAUGGCCAAGAUUUUGUGCACACCCGACAACCACACCCAUAUGCGUUUACAUUCCUUACCACAUUAUGUACUUAUCUUUGCUAUUAUAACAAUGUUAACUCUUCUGGGAAGGCUUUUAAAAUAAAUAUUGGGGCAUGGCUGUGGGGAUUUGACUAUUUAUCCACAAAUGCGUUAAAAAAAAAGCCAGGCCUUGAUGUUUAGUAAGGCAGGAUACACCCUGGACAGGGCACAUACACAACGGGCAAAUUGGGAACACCAAUUAGCCUCAUUUGCAUGUCUUUGGAGUGUGUGGAGAAAACCCACCAAGCAUGGGGAGAACAUGCAAACUCCACACACACAGACCCGAUGUGGGAAUCGAACCCUUGGCCCUGGAGGUUCGAGACCACAUUGCUAAUCACUACAACGCCAUGCCACAUCCUUAGGUCAUGUGAAGAGACAUUUAAAUUUAAAAAGCAUCCCAUGCAAUUGUGCUUUCAACUAUGGAUGUGAUUGUCAGGUGUCUGUAAACUUUCCACCAAAUAAUGGAUUUGCUUUAAAAAUGAAUGUGUGCAUUUCUUGUUUUAGCAACGAUCCUUCCCCAGGAAUACAAAGCAAUUCCCAAAUGCUGAAAAGUGUGACUAAGGUCACAAAACUUUUAUUGUCCAUUAUUGAUGAUAAGAUGACAUUUUCCUCCAAAAGAAGUCAUUCAAAGCUUAUUAUGUUUGCAUGUUAACAUGGUCAUUCUGUAAUAAUCUGUAAAAUACUCAUGAACUCAAAAACUCAUGAAAUAAUGUGCACUCUGGCCACAAAAUAGUAGUAGUAGUAAAAGUAGUAAGCCUACGUUGUCUUAUUUCAGUCUAUAGUACUAGCAGCAUACAGAGGACCAAUGGUAAAUUGUUGCAGGUUCUUUGGAUAACCAGCUGCAUGAAGUUUGUUUCAAUCAGUAAGAUUGAUUUUUUUUAAAAAUGGAGCAAUUUGUGCCCUGGUUUUGUUAAGGCUGUACCUUACACUAAUCACAAGUACUUUUGAGAACUUUGAUAGUAUAACCGUGGAAAGGCACGCUUGCAAUAAUAUGACUAACCAAGUGCGAGAAAGCAAAUACCUGAAUCCUCACAGCUGAGCCUGGGGGAAAGCAUUCUGGACUGUAAUCCUCACAAUUAUAACCUGGUGUAGUCUUUUCAGAUAUAUUAACCUGUUUCUUAUGUUGAGGUAACUGGGGCACUUUAACACUGCUUAUCAUGAUGAUGCUGGAGUAUUGAGAUGAAUGUACGAGUGAGCUAAAUGUGUGUUUAAUAAGUGGAUUUAAUUUGUGUGUAUAGAAACAGCUGAUCAAUGUUACACUAAGCAUCUAAGCCUCUGUGAUUUUCCUGAAUACAUUUUGUAGAAUUCAGACUUCAACAGCUUUAGCAAGAAAAUGCAUGUAACAUAAACAUGGCUUGCUUGUUUGCAGAGCAGGUGGACACAUUGAUGAAUAUAUUUUUUUGAUUUUUAUUUCUAUAAAAAUGCUUCUAUUUUAAUAAACAAAAAGAUACCCAUCUUAAA